AUGUUUCGCACUACAGCCGUAAAGGCCACCAGCAUGCGCGGUGCCGCGUGCUCCGCCUGCAGACGCCCUCUCUCCCUUGCCGCCACGGCCAGAAAUGCUUCUUCCUACCAGAACACGAAAUUCGGCCUCACCGCGCGACGCCCUCUGGCCCUCGUCGACCGUCUCUCCAAUGGCAGACGCUACUACGCUGCUCCCGCUGAGGGUGUCGACGCCAACGACUCCUUCCUCCAGGGUAACACCGCCAACUACAUCGAUGAGAUGUACCUGGCAUGGAAGAAGGAUCCCUCCAGCGUCCACAUCUCGUGGCAGACGUAUUUCAAGAACAUGGAGGAUGGCAACAUGCCCGUGUCGCAGGCCUUCCAGCCUCCCCCGACCCUCGUGCCCACCCCGACUGGCGGUGUGCCCCAGGAGAUGCCCGGCGCCGGUCUUUCUCUCGCCGCUGGCUCCGACGUGACGAAUCAUCUGAAGGUGCAGCUGCUCGUCCGCGCCUACCAGGCCCGUGGUCACCACAAGGCCAAGAUCGAUCCCCUGGGUAUCCGUGGCGACGCUGAGGCCUUUGGUUACAGCAAGCCCAAGGAGUUGGAGCUGGACCACUACGGCUUCACCGAGCGCGAUCUCGAUGAGGAAUUCACCCUCGGCCCCGGUAUCCUGCCUCGUUUCGCCACUGAGAGCCGCAAGAAGAUGACUCUGCGUGAGAUCAUCGCCGCCUGCGAGAAGAUCUACUGCGGCUCCUACGGUGUCGAAUACAUCCACAUUCCCGACCGCAAGCCCUGCGACUGGAUCCGCGACCGCUUCGAGGUCCCUGAGCCCUACAAGUACUCGGUCGAUGAGAAGCGCCGCAUCCUGGACCGUCUGAUCUGGUCUCACAGCUUCGAGUCCUUCCUGGCCACCAAGUUCCCCAACGAUAAGCGUUUCGGUCUGGAGGGUUGCGAGUCUCUCGUGCCCGGUAUGAAGGCCCUGAUCGACCGCAGCGUCGACUACGGUAUCAAGGAUAUCGUCAUUGGUAUGCCCCACCGUGGUCGCCUGAACGUCCUGUCCAACGUCGUCCGCAAGCCCAACGAGUCCAUCUUCAGCGAAUUCUCCGGCUCGGCCGAACCGUCCGAUGAGGGCUCCGGUGAUGUCAAGUACCACUUGGGUAUGAACUUCGAGCGUCCCACUCCCUCCGGUAAGCGUGUCCAGCUCUCGCUGGUCGCCAACCCCUCCCAUCUGGAGGCCGAGGACCCCGUCGUGCUUGGAAAGACCCGUUCCAUCCAGCACUACAACAACGAUGAGAAGGAGUUCAACAGCGCCAUGGGUGUCCUGCUCCACGGUGAUGCUGCCUUCGCCGCUCAGGGUGUCGUCUACGAGACCAUGGGCUUCCACUCGCUGCCCGCCUACUCCACCGGUGGUACCAUCCACAUCGUCGUCAACAACCAGAUUGGUUUCACCACCGACCCCCGCUUUGCCCGUUCCACGCCUUACUGCUCGGACAUCGCCAAGUCGAUCGAUGCCCCUGUCUUCCACGUGAACGGUGACGAUGUCGAGGCGGUCAACCAUGUGUGCCAGGUUGCUGCUGACUGGCGUGCGGAGUUCAAGAGCGAUGUCGUCAUUGAUAUCGUCUGCUACCGUAAGCAGGGUCACAACGAGACCGACCAGCCCUCGUUCACUCAGCCUCUGAUGUACAAGCGCAUUGCCGAGCAGAAGAACCAGCUCGACAAGUACGUCGAGAAGCUGAUCGCCGAGGGUACCUUCACCAAGGAGGAUAUCGACGAGCACAAGAAGUGGGUGUGGGGCAUGCUGAACGACAGCUUCGACCGCAGCAAGGACUACCAGCCCACCAGCAAGGAGUGGCUCACGUCCGCCUGGAAUGGCUUCAAGACCCCCAAGGAGCUGGCCACCGAGGUCCUGCCUCAUCUGCCCACCGGUGUUGAAGCCCCUGUUCUCGCGCACAUUGCCGACAUUACCAGCGGUGCUCCCGAGGGCUUCACUCUCCACCGUAACCUCAAGCGUAUCUUGGCCAACCGCAAGAAGGCCGUUGAUGAGGGCAAGAACAUCGACUGGUCCACUGCUGAGGCGCUCGCCUUCGGUUCCCUCGUCAAGGAGGGAUACCACGUGCGUGUGUCCGGUCAGGAUGUUGAGCGUGGUACCUUCUCCCAGCGUCAUGCUGUCCUCCACGACCAGGAGAACGAGAACACCUACACUCCCCUGCAGCACAUCUCUGAGGGCCAGGGCACCUUUGCCAUUUCCAACUCCUCUCUGAGCGAGUUCGGAGCACUUGGUUUCGAAUACGGUUACUCCUUGACCUCUCCCAACGCCCUCGUCAUGUGGGAGGCCCAGUUCGGUGACUUUGCCAACAACGCUCAGUGUAUCAUUGAUCAGUUCAUUGCCUCUGGUGAAUCCAAGUGGCUGCAGCGCUCUGGUCUCGUCGUCUCCCUGCCUCACGGUUAUGACGGCCAGGGUCCCGAGCACUCCUCCGGUAGAAUGGAGCGUUGGCUCCAGCUCUGUAACGAGGAGCCUCGCAUCUUCCCCAGCCAGGACAAGCUCGACCGCCAGCAUCAGGACUGCAACAUGCAGAUUGCUUACAUGACGGAGCCUUCCAACCUGUUCCAUAUCCUGCGUCGCCAGAUCCACCGCCAGUUCCGCAAGCCCCUCGUGAUCUUCUUCUCCAAGGCCCUUCUCCGUCACCCCAUUGCCCGCUCCUCGAUUGAGGACUUCACCGGCGACUCCCACUUCAAGUGGAUCAUCCCCGACCCGGCUCACGGCACUGCCAUCGACGAGCCUGAGAAGAUCGAGCGUGUCAUCCUGUGCUCUGGCCAGGUGUACGCCGCUCUUGUCAAGCACCGUGAGGCUAACGGCAUCCGCAACACCGCCAUCACCCGUGUGGAGCAGCUCCACCCCUUCCCUUGGGCCCAGCUGAAGGAGAACCUGGACAGCUACCCCAACGCGCGCAACAUCGUGUGGGCCCAGGAGGAGCCCCUCAACGCCGGCCCUUGGAGCUACGCCCAGCCUCGUAUUGAGACCCUGCUCAACGAGACGGAGCACCACAACCGCCGCCAUGUUCUCUACGCUGGUCGUGCCCCUAGCGCGUCCGUCGCCACCGGUCUCAAGUCGGUCCACCUGAAGGAGGAGCAAGAGUUCCUGGAGGAGGCCUUCUCCGUCCACCAGGAGCGGUUGAAGGGUGAGUAA